AUGGGGCCUCCUCUCCUGGACAUCAGCUCACCUGUCUCCAUUCGCGCGCAGUGGGCGCGGCAGCACGCCAUCUACGGCAUCAAGGAGGAAUGGAACAAGCUCGUCCGACUUGCGCACGGCCGUAGGCCUGAUGACGAGAGUUUGGAUCUCCCCGAGCUGAUCACAGGCGACACCCUGGAUGAGGCGCCCCUCAAGACGAUCCCGAAGGACGGCACGGCAGGAGGCGAUCCGCUUGCCAUAAACGUGGGCAUCGUCGGCGCGGGCGCUGCCGGCCUCUUCUCUGCCCUGGUGUUGGAGUACCUUAAUACGGCGCAAACCAGCGUCAAGUUCACGUAUGAUAUUCUCGAGGCCGACACGACCAACCGCUCGGGCGGGCGGCUGUACACGCACAACUUCAGCCAGCAGCCGCACGACUACUACGAUGUCGGGGCCAUGCGUUUCCCCAAACACGCCGUCAUGGAUCGCACCUUUUCUCUCUUUGCGGACCUUGGCAUGGACUUUGGGUCACUCGACCCCAACGGCAACUGGGCGAAUGACCCUCCGCUAGGGACCCUGAUCCCGUACUACCUGACGAAUAUCGAUCCGACGAGCGGCGUUCCGCAGGAGCCGUGGCGCUUCAACAACGUUAACAAUUGGGGAUCGUACAGCAGCAUCGCCACCGAAGACAAGGAUCCGUGGAAGUUUACCGCUGAUAAGACCCUCCAAAUUGACACGCGCUUGCUUGCGCUGAAGAUGUCUCCCGGCGACAUCAUGACCGCCCUCCUGGAGCCGCUUCGCCAGCAGCUCCGGGACGAUAUCAAGAACCAGACCAACACGGGAUGGCAGACGCUGAUGAGCUUCGAUAACAUGACCAUGACCCAAUUUCUCUCCAGCGUUCGCAGUCCCUGGCCCGCCAGCCUCCCCCAGCCCACUCUCCCGCCGCCGAUGACAGGGGAUGUUCCGCUGCCGCCGUACAACUACGACACCAUCCAGUGGUUUGAGACGUUCAACGGAGGGAACCAAGGUCAACUAACCUGUUGCGACCGCAGGGGCACAAACUGGUACGACCAAGCCUUUAGCGAGAUCGUCCUCGAGUCCCUGGACUUCGAUUUCCCCAAGCCCGGCGACCCUGACACCAAAUGGUAUUGCAUUCUCGGCGGAGCGCAGCAGCUCGCCACCAAGAUGGAAGCCAAGAUCAACGCGCUCAGCGGCAACCCGAGCAAGGUCGAGUACUCGUCUCAGGUCACGGCACUCGCCCAGGUCGACGCCAUGAAGGUCAACGUCGACAUCAACGGCGGAGAAAGCAAAAGCGCCGACGGCGGGGAGACGAGGUCCUAUAGCUGCGUCUUCAACACGACGGCGCUCGGCUGCCUCGAGCACAUGGACACCACAGCGGUCUUGUUCAACUCCGCGACCCGCCAGGCGGUGCGGUCGCUCGGCUACGGCCCGAGCUGCAAGGUGGCGAUCAAGUUCACACGCCCGUGGUGGAUCCACGACCUCCCGACCGGCACCGCCGUCAAGCGCGGCGGCCUCGGCCACUCGGACCUCAACAUCCGCACGUGUGUUUACCCAAGCUACAACAUAUACGAUCCCGAUUCGGUGACCGCGGUGCUCCUGUGCACGUACACGUGGCAGCAGGACGCCGAGCGUCUCGGCUCCCUCAUGGGCGACGACGAGACCCAGCUCCGGACCCUCCUCAUCGCUGACCUGGUGCGCCUGCACGCCCCCUCGAACGCGACGCCCAAGCAGCUGGAGGACCUCCACAUCCUCAUCCACGGGUCGUACGACUCGCACUUUGCGUGGGACUGGUACAAGGAGCCCAAUGCCGCCGGCGCCUUUGCCUUCUUCCGCCCCUUCCAGUUCAGCGAGAUGUGGGGCAAGAUGAUCAUCCCAGCCGGCGAUGUGGUCGUCAUGGGCGAGCACGCGUCGCCGCACCACGCGUGGGUCGUCGGCGCUCUCGAGAGCGCCGUGCACGGCAUCGCCGCGUGGUGCAGCAUGACGGCGACCCACAACACCGUCCACGCGGCUGCGAUGAAGGACGUCCUGGACGUUCUCACGAGCACCGACCCGAACAACCCGUACGUCGGGCUGCCGCCGUAUAUGGACUUGAACAUGGAGCUGUGGCACGGCUGCCUCGGCGCGGCCGUACGCCAGGGCAUGCUGGAGGACCGCCAAGAGCCGCUGGGCCGCCUGACGCUGAAUGACAGGGCCGGGACGGAAAAGCAGAGGGCUGCGGCCUUACUGACCAAGCUGGGCAUCAAGGGGGAUUUUGCCAAGGCAUAG